CUAUUCUUACCAGCCGCCCAGCCGCCGGGGGCAGCUCCUCACAGGCCGAAGAUUCCAGACCAGCAGUGGAGAGCGGAGAGAAUGGCGCUGCGCUGGGGCAUCGUGUCAGCUGGCUUAAUCGCCAGCGACUUUACGACCGUGCUGAGCUCACUGCCUCCCUCGGAGCACCAGGUGGUGGCAGUGGCUGCGAGGGACCUGAACCGGGCAAAGGAGUUUGCCCAGAAAUACAACAUCCCCAAGGCAUAUGGCUCCUAUGAGGAGUUAGCAAAGGACCCAAACGUGGAGGUGGCCUACGUCGCCACCCAACACCCCCAGCACAAGGCAGUGGUACUUCGCUGCCUGGCAGCAGGCAAGGCCGUCCUUUGCGAGAAACCCAUGGGUGUGAAUGCAGCCGAAGUUCGGGAGAUGGUGGCAGAGGCCCGUUCUCGGGGCAUCUUUCUUAUGGAGGCCAUCUGGAGCCGGUUUUUUCCUGCCAUGGAGGCUCUGCGGGAAGUUUUGGUCCAAGGAACUGUCGGGGACCUACGAGUGGCUCGGGCAGAAUUUGGGGCACAAUUGAGCCAUGUACCCCGGUCCACAGACUGGAGCCAGGCCGGCGGCGGCCUGCUGGACCUAGGCAUCUACUGCGUGCAGUUCCUCUCUAUGGUCUUUGGUGCGCAGAAGCCAGAGAAGGUUUCAGCCGUGGGAAGGAUCUAUGAAACAGGUGUGGACGACACCGUUAGUGUGCUACUUCAGUACCCAGGAGGGGUCCACGGUAGCUUCACCUGUAGCAUCACCUCCAACCUCCCCAACACAGCAUACGUGAUUGGCACCAAGGGCAUGGCCCAGAUUUGCAAAACGUGGUGCCCAACAGAGCUGGUAGUGAAUGGUGAGCGUAAAGAGUUCCCUCCGCCUGCCCUUGGGAAAGACUACAAUUUUUUAAACGGAUCAUGCAUGAGUUAUGAAGCGAACCACAUCCGCGAGUGCCUGCGUAAAGGUCUUAAGGAAAGUCCUGUAGUUCCUCUGGCAGAGAGUGAGCUCUUGGCUGAAAUUCUUGAGGAGGUGAGGAAGGCCAUUGGAGUCACUUUCCCCCAGGACAAAUGAUGGUGCUCCUGGGUUGGACAUGGCAAGCAAUGUUUCCUCCUUGGGAUACUCUAGCUUGACCCUCAUUGCUUUGGAGUUAUUUUUGCAAAACAGCCCGAGUUUUCCCGUUGGAGACCACUGCCUUUCUGGGCUCUUGACAGUCGCUAUCCUCUUGAUGUUCUUCCUGCACAUUCUGUCACCACCUGUCCUCAAACUCACUAGGAUGCAUAUAUCUUUCUGUGUGCUGUGAAUAUGUUUUGCUCUCAUUGGUUGAUAAAUAAAGCUGCUUUGGCCUAUGGCAAGUCAGAAUAGAGCCAGGUGAGAAAUCCAACAGAGAUACAGGAGAAGGGUGGAGUCAAGAGAGCCGCCAUCCAGCUGCCCAUGGAUCAACAUGCCAGCAGAUCGAUAAUGCCACAGCCACAUGGCAAUACUCAGAUUAAUAGAAAUGGGUUAAUUUAAGUAAGAGUUAGCAAGUUAUAAGCCUGAGCCAUAGGCCAAACAUUUAUAAGUAA